CGCUUACGGCCUACUCCUUCAGUUUGGCGAGCUAAGCGUCACUACUAAGUUGUGUGUUGCCAGCUUUAUAAGUAUUUGGCGGGAACGCACACUCGAGAUCGCGACGCGGAAAAGACAAAAUAUUUUUAUAACAAUUGUGAGACGAUUGUAAACAAUGAAGUCCACGAUAUAUUUCUGGUUACGUUGGUUGGCUCUUCUUUACAUCGCAACGAUAGUAAACGGAGGCCUCCUCGGAUCGCAGUGUCGCACGAACGCAGACUGCUCCGCCUCUAACUCUCGGUGCGCGAGGGGAGUCUGUACCUGUCAACCUUACUUCGCUGAAGUUGACAACUCCACGUGCCUCCAGUCGACACUUCUCGGAUCGGAAUGCGUGGUGUCAGAACAAUGUACACUCAAAGUGGCAUACAGCGCUUGUUUAGAUGGUGUUUGUCGGUGCACGGAUGGUCAUUUGCAAUUCAGAAAACACACGUGCCUCUCACCUGCUCCACCAACUCACGUUUGCUAUAGUAACGAACAUUGUCGUUUGUGGGAUAAAGACAGUCACUGCGAAUUCGUUAUACCUAAUCUAUUUGGAAGAUGUUCCUGUAAUUCGUUCUUCAAGAAAUCUGGUGAUAAGUGUCUUCCUAUAAAAUUACCAGUCUAUGCCACAGAAGCAGUAAUUGCUGAACAAGAAACUAGUAAUGAUUCAUCGAAUGAAACUAACAAUGAACUGGCAAGUCUCAAAGAUCGUUCAUCUCAACCCAAUUUUAUCAUCGAUUCCGAUGAAAUAAAACCGAGUAAAUUACCAAUGUUUACAAGUAAAAACGACAUAUUAAGCACUCAAGAAGACAGCCCGUUAAUGCAAACUGUUAUGAAAGUACCUUCGGUUGAGCAAACAAAACGACUAUCGGUUUCUAUUAGGAAAGAUGGGGAACCAAAUGAACUCAUCAGUUCGGAUGAAAUGACAGCUAAUUUACAUGCCAACGAUCAACCUGUAUAUAGAGUCGUGACUCAGCCAUCAAUUGAUAAGAAAUCGAAUAAGAAAAGUGGUACUUCUAAGGAACAAAACGGAGGAAAGCAUAAAGGUGGACAUCAGAAGAAAUCAUCGCUUAAAGAUAAACAACGCAUAAGAGCAGAUGCAAUACCAGACGUAGACCUUGGACCCGUGUCGCUCGGAAUGCCGUGCUACAUCGACAGUCAAUGCCAGAAAGUGGACCCUAACACUCGCUGUGUCAACAAGCGCUGUGAUUGUUCAUACCGCACCAAUUCCACAUCUGCUUGCUCAGCGCGAAAUCGAGGCUGCCUGCCCGGUACAUUCCAAUGCCGAUCAACGGGGACCUGCAUAAGCUGGUACUUCGUGUGUGACGGACGAAAGGAUUGUCCAGAUGGCUCCGAUGAAAAAUGCUUAGGUACUGGUAAAGAGGGCACGGGCGAGCGCUGCCCCAUGCACGCGUUCCGCUGCGGCGGGCCGGGCUCGCCGUGCGUGUCGCGCGCCUCGCGCUGCGACGGCACGCCGCAGUGCCCCGGCGGGGAGGACGAGAGGAACUGCAGGGCCACGCGGAGGAAGGGUUGUCCACGACACACGUUCCGGUGUGGGUCCGGCGAGUGUCUCCCAGAGUAUGAAUUCUGUAACGCGAUUAUAUCGUGCAAGGAUGCGUCUGACGAACCUCCGCAUCUAUGUAAUGAGCAAUCAAGAUGGCGCGCUGCCGACUUCUGCCCGCUGCGGUGCGGCAACGGGCGCUGCCGCAGCACCGCCGUGGCGUGCUCCGGCCGCGACGGCUGCGGCGACAAUAGUGACGAGAUCGCUUGCUCCGUUUGCCGAUGUCCGGCAUCACCACAGUCACCCUGAAGAAAAUACUAAGCAAGAGUGCACUAGAAAAUUUGAGCCCGUUUUGAAAUGAAGAUCUCAAAAAGAAAUCUAUAAUAAUUUAUACACCACCACUUCAUAGAACAACUCUACGGUAUUCUAUGAAGUUACGGAUUUUACCUGAAUGUUUAAUUUGAAAUAGCUGGAUACCUUUCGGCUGGAUUUUGUUCAAGCCUACAUUCCUGCUUAGAAUAUAAAUAAAAUCAAUAAAAAUAAGAAAUGGGCCAGAAAUUUAAAUAACAUAAUUUUAUUACUUGUUUCGUAAUGUAUUUUUAUGACAUCUUAAGAACCACAAAAGUGAUUUUAUCAAUCACAUAAAUAUGCAUGCACAGUUUUUGUAUUGAUUUCUAUUAUUAAUCCGUAAAUAUAAUAAAACCCCACUCAAAAGACUGAGGAGUGAUACUCUAUUUCUUGCAUUUCAUUUUAUAGAUAAAUAAUAAUUGUAAAUAAAUUGUAAAAGAUAAGAAUAGCAAUUAAAUAAUUAUUGAUUGUGAAAUAUUUUGAUUAAUUCGAUACCACCAUUACAUUUCUUGUUUUAGAAGCGAAGUAGAAAAUUAAUGUAAUAUUUCAUGAAGGUGAGGACACAGUCCCCAAGA